UAUUGUCCGGCGGUCGAAAUGUCAUUUCAAUCGGCACAAAUAUAUAUGGGUAUAAAACCGUGCGAUCUCCCGUUAAAAUGUUAGUUGCCGCGAUGUUUGUAAUAAUGAAAAAGCUCGCGAUUCCGGUUUUCGAAUAGUGAACGGGCGCCAAUAUUAACAAAGGAAAUCGUUACGAAAAAAAAAAGGAUGGGAGUGCCGCGAUCGUUCUUGGUGCUGGCGUGUUCGACGCUGCUCGUGUCGAUCAGCUCGGCCGACCUCCCAAAAACUCCGGACGUCGACAAGAGCGGCUCCUCGGCGCGUAAAAGUCCCGACCCCCUGCAUUCGGAAGAGAACGAUUUUCAGCCACGCAAAAAAGUUGUCAGGGUUAGGAAGAGGAGUUAUUACCCGUGGGCGGGGGGCCUCCCGAAUCGACAGUUGUCGGUAUUCGAGGCAAAUUCGAUCUGGAAACCGGCGGUUUAUCAACUCAAUCGCCCGUACUACAUCCCGGUGUACGGCCCUCCCAACAGGAGGCCCAUUUUUUACCCCCCGCAGCCCCUGAACCCGGGGUUCCCGCAAGACAACCCCGUCAAGCCGCCGUUCGUCGGACCCGGAUAUUUGCCCCCCGAGACGCCUCCCGUGACGUCAUCCCCGAACUCCAGUACCAUGAAAAUAACCGACAGGUUCAACGAAGAAGAGGACGAUGACGCUCCCGUGUGGGGUGACGGGGUGAAAAAUGUCGUGCCGCUGAGUGGAGAUUCGGAAGAAACCGUCCCCACCAGGCCUUCGGUAGCGAACUCGGUGCUGCCACCAUUGGUACAUGGCCCCAAACGUCAAGGGGCCCAGUCGGAGUCGGCGUCUGGGUCCGUGGCGCCCUCUAGGGUGCCUUCGGGGCCCAGCGACUGCGUCUGGGCGAUCAUCUCUUGCUGUUCAGUGAGCGAUCCCCGAAUAAUACCGGAGAACUGCUUCGAGCAGAGGGGAUGCGCGGGUCCCUUUUGGGGGACCAGCCCGUGCGAGAGCGAUUUCGCAAAGGCCGCGAUAGAGAGCGCUGUCAACUACUACGCCAACAACCAGUAGGUGGCGCGAUGAAGCCACCUCGUGGACACCUACAGGGUAGCGCGUGCGAGCGUGUGUGCGGGAUUCGAAUGAGAGCGUUGUUGAUCUGUAUAUUUUUGUAAUUUUAUUUAUUGUUAGGGUUAAUUAAUUACUGUAAAUAGCGAACCUUGCCGACGGGGCUUUUAGCGGGAUCGAAAGCAAUAAUCGACGGCCCGUUCUAUUCGGGGCGCCUCGGAUUUGCUUAUCGACCGUCCGGCGCACACCCGUUCCUUUUUUUAGCUCGUAGAUAUUUUUGUACGUCUCGUUUUUGUAUUUUGGCCGUACUAUCCGGACGUGUAUUUGAAUAAAAUAAAUGUUCGUUCGGCUCGA